AAGAUGCAGCUGCCCCUGCUCCUGCUGGCUUUCCUUCUGUCCCCCAGGGCAAAGGCAGGAGAGAUCAUCGGGGGACAUGAGGCCAAACCCCACUCCCGUCCCUACAUGGCAUUUCUUCAGAUCUUUAAACAAGAUUCUCUGAUAAAGUGUGGCGGCUUCCUGAUACGAGAGGACUUUGUGCUGACCGCUGCUCACUGUUCAGGCAGUUCAAUAAAUGUCACACUGGGAGCCCACAACAUCAAGAAACCAGAGAGGACCCAGCAGAUCAUCUCUGAGACAAGACUCAUCCCCCAUCCAGACUACACUUCUAAUGACUACUCCAAUGACAUUAUGCUGCUGAAGCUGGAGAGAAAGGCUAAGCUGACUGCAGCUGUGCAGCCCAUCAAGCUGCCUACACGAAAGACCCAGGUGAAUCCAGGGGAUGUGUGUGAUGUGGCUGGCUGGGGGAUGAAGACUCCCUUGGGAAAAUCUUCAGACACACUGCAAGAGGCAGAACUGCAAGUGCAGGAGGACCAGAAGUGUGAGUCUCACUUACCUGGUUAUUACAACAUUGCCAGUGAGAUCUGCGCUGGGGACCCAAAGAUAAAACGUUCUAGCUUUAAGGGGGAUUCCGGAGGCCCCCUCAUAUGCAAAAAUGUGGUCCAGGGCAUUAUCUCCUAUGGACGAAAUGAUGGGUCAACUCCACGAGCCUUCACCAAAAUCUCAAGUUUCCUACCUUGGAUAAGGAAAAACAUGAAACGCAGCUAA